AAGCGACACAGAAACAGGUUUCUACCUACAGAUUGUGCUUGUAAUCAGUCUCAGCCGUUUAUUGCAGCCAUGAUGAUGUUAACAUUGUUCUGCGUCUUCGCCUUUCUAUCACCGAGUCUAGCGGCAGUGUCGAAAGCAGUGGACAAGUUGUUAGAAUCGGCAAUGGAUGAAGUCACAGUUGACCCAGAGAAGGAAUAUGAAUGUCUCCUUUACCGUUUGGAGAACAAACUUGACAGACUGGAGGAUAGAAUGACUAGGCUGGAAACUCGACAUGAGAACCGAACCUGGAAGCCACCCGUCAAACCAACAGGUCGACAAUAUGCAUUCAGCGCAUACCUGUCUGUCGGAAAUGUUGCUCGUAGCAGUGGUGAUCUGAAGUUUACCACAGCCAUCUCGAAUGUCGGAGAAGCUUAUAAUGUUCACACUGGGGUGUUCACAGCGGAGGCUAAAGGCGUAUACGUCUUCACUAUCUAUGCGCAUACCUAUACCUAUACGAAGGCAUGUACCCUAAAUAUCAUCCACAACAACGAAACCAUCGCGAGUUCCUAUAGCUACGACAGGUAUGGCUUGCCUACAUUUGGUAACACUGUCGUGGUUCAACUGAAUAGAAAAGAUGUGGUACAUGUUGGCAUUAAGCCAUCAAGUCAGUGCUAUCUGAGCGGCAAAUAUUCAACCUUCUCAGGGUUUCUGCUGGGAGACUAAGAAUAUUGGACAACAGCAGUUUGCCAACUGAUGCAUACACCUGUUACUGUCCUGUUUGAGCUUACUCCUGAUUCUUGUUACUUUCUCAAACUGUAAUAUUUAUCUUAUUUUCUUUACCAUAUUUCAGCAUAAUUAUGUGAACACUGAACUGAUACAAAAGCUAAAACUCGAAAACUAAUUUGACAAAUCCGACAAAAAUUUAUAGAUAUAUAUGAGAUGUUUAGCUUACCGUUAAAUAUAUUAACUUCGAUUUCCAAAAUUUCAGUAGAAACCAUUGAAUUUUACGCUCCUUUGUUUAGGAAUUAAACUUGUAUUAUCAGUCAAUGAUAUGUUAGUUUUGUCCGUGAUCUUUCAGCCAAUGUUGUAUUACCCAUAUUUUAAAUAAUGAUAUUUCCCUUUUUCUUGCAUCUAGAUUAACAACUUAUCGUUGUUAUUUCUACGCGCUUAGUUUUCUUUCUGAAUAAAGCUUCAAAAUGCA